GCAGGAAAUAUCUCACAUCCUGAGUUUCAGGACUCUUUCGCUCGCUCUGUAACUGUUUUAAUGGGGCUGGGACCAGCUCAUCAAAGUUUGUCUUUCAGUCUGGAUUAAGAUGUCAGAGCGUCUCCAUGCAGGACGACAACGCAACCCUCCUUUUCCUCAUCCCCCGACCCAGAUAUUCUGCCUGCUGCUCAGCCUCUUAAUAGCACCAUCAUCCGGGUCUCAAGGAGAAACUGCUGAAAGUAAACUGGAAUUCCCUAGGCAAUGGAUUCAAAGAAAACAACUAGAACACUAUGGCAUAACCGUCCCUUAUCUUUUGAGUGGUAAACAGUGGAAACCAAUAAAGAAUCUUUAUGCACAGACUCACCCAGCAAUGCUGAAAUUUCUUAUACAAGCUGAAAGUGAACAACUUGUCAUCAGUCUGGAGAGAAAUGAUGGCCUCUUUGCUGGCAACUUCACAGAAAUGCAUUAUUUGGAAGAUGGUACUAGCGCUAUUGUCAUACGUAAUUACACGAAUCAUUGCUUCUAUCAUGGCCAUGUACAAGAAUAUGCUGAAUCUGCAGUAAGUUUGAGUACAUGUUCUGGACUCAGGGGUAUUAUUUUAUUUGAAGAUAGAACCUACAUUUUGGAGCCACUGGAAGGUGCUAUGAAUGAACAUAUAAUCUACAGACUAAAACACCCAAAACUAAUCCUGGGUACAUGUGGCCAUCAUCUCAAUAUUACAGGUGUCACUUUGGGGGAUACUGCACAGCUUAUUCAGACAUUUACUAGCAGACACAAAAGAGAAACUCUGAAGUCCACCAAGUACGUGGAGCUCAUUAUUGUGGCUGACAAUCGUGAGUUUCAGAGACAAGGCAAGGAUGUGGAAAAAGUGAAACUGAGGCUGAUAGAAAUUGCAAACUACGUUGACAGGUUCUACAGGCCACUAAAUAUUAGAAUAGUCUUGGUUGGAUUAGAGGUCUGGAAUGAUAUGGAUAAGUGCACAAUAACUCAAGAUCCCUUCAACACUCUUCAUGAGUUUCUGGACUGGAGAAAGAUGAAACUACUACCUCGUAAACCACAUGAUAAUGCACAACUAGUGAGUGGAGUCUAUUUCCAAGGUACUACCAUUGGCAUGGCACCUAUAAUGAGCAUGUGCACCAUAGAGCAAUCUGGAGGUAUCGUUAUGGAUCAUUCAGACAAUCCAUUGGGAGCAGCAGUAACUCUGGCUCAUGAACUAGGCCACAAUUUUGGUAUGAACCAUGAUACACUGGAAAGAGGUUGCAACUGCAAAACAUCUGCAGACAAAGGGGGGUGCAUUAUGAAUCCUUCAACUGGCUACCCAUUUCCCAUGAUGUUCAGCAGCUGCAGCAAGAAAGACUUGGAAAACAGCUUGGAGAAAGGCGUGGGGAUGUGUCUCUUCAACCUUCCAGAAGUUAGGGAAUCAUUUGGUGGCCCAAAGUGUGGGAACGGCUAUGUAGAGGAGGGAGAAGAGUGUGACUGUGGUGAACUUGAGGAAUGUACGAACCAAUGCUGUAAUGCUACAACCUGUACUUUAAGGCCAGGAGCAGUGUGUGCCCAUGGACUUUGCUGUGAAGACUGCAAGCUAAAGCCAGCAGGGAUUUUAUGCAGGGAUACCAGUAAUUCCUGUGAUCUUCCUGAAUUCUGUACUGGAAGCAAUCCUCAUUGCCCAACCAAUGUUUACUUGCAUGAUGGACACCCUUGUUAUGGGGUAGACGGGUAUUGCUAUAAUGGUAUGUGCCAGACUCAUGAACAGCAAUGCAUCACCCUCUGGGGGCCAGGUGCUAAACCUGCUCCUGAGAUAUGCUUUGAGAGAGUUAAUUCUGCAGGAGAUCCAUAUGGAAACUGUGGCAAGGAUUCCAAAAGUUCUUUUGCCAAGUGUGAACCCAGAGAUUCAAAGUGUGGAAAAAUUCAGUGUCAAGGGGGAGCAAAUCGACCUGUAAUUGGUACCAAUGCUGUCUCAAUAGAAACAAACAUCCCACUACAAGGAGGAGGCAAAAUUCUGUGCCGAGGAACUCAUGUUUACUUGGGGGAUGACAUGCCUGAUCCGGGUCUUGUCUUGGCUGGAACAAAAUGUGAAGAUGAAAAAAUCUGUCUUAAUCGCCGCUGCCAAAACACCAGUGUAUUUGGUGUUCAUGAAUGUGCAACAAAAUGUCAUGGACGUGGAGUCUGUAACAAUAAAAAAAAUUGCCACUGUGAGGCCCAUUGGGCUCCUCCCUUUUGCGAUAAGGCAGGAUUUGGCGGCAGUGUUGACAGCGGGCCAGUUAGACAAUCCGAUAACAGAAGCUUAAUUGCAAUAUUCAUAACCGUCCUGUGCCUUCUGGUGGCUGGUUUACUUGUUUACUUCAAGAGGAAGAUCUUGAUUAGAGUGUUCUUUAUUAAUAAGAAGACUACAAUAGAGAAACUUAGGUCUGUGAGUCCAACACGGCCUUCCAGUUCAUCUGAAUCUAAUCAUGUUCAUACUGCAACAGUCCUCAGUAAAAAACUAGCCAAACAGCCACAAAAUUUAACCACACCCAAGAGAAAUGACGUACAACAAUUGCUACGGUGUCAGAAAAAGGAUAUUAGCUACUUUGUGAAGGUCCAGGAUAUACCGAAAUGGAGCCCGCCAGAGAGGACCCAGCCACAUCUUUGUCAGCUUUCCUGUCAACAGUCUGGGUCUGGAAAGGUGAUGCCCACCAAGCCCCCUCUCAGAUUUGACCUGGAAUCUUGCAAACCAAGGCCUCCUCAGAAGCCUUUGCCAGCUAAUCCUCAGAAGAACAAAGCUGUUCAGUUUAACCCUGCUUCCAGGACAAUGUGUGAGCUUCCAAAUCCUAUGCUUCAAAUUGCUCCCGUCAGGCUUGCACCAAAACCUCCACUUCAUGUGCCUAGGCCCUGCAAUGCUGCCUAUAUGAAAUGAAAAAAUUGAACACCAUUUUUAUUCUGAAAAAAAACCAGAAGUUUGCACUAUUUUCCAGCUGGAAAUUAAUAUUUUUAUAUCAACCAGUAGAAUUUUUAAUGUUCAGUAUCCCAUUGUUUUAAGAACUCUGAGCUACUGCCUUUGGUGCUAUAGUGUGUGAAGGUGGUCUGCGUCCUUGCUCAGGAACUUAUAAAUUAUUAAUUUAUACUGAUAUUUAUUACAGUGCAGAGCACUGUGGUAAAUAUUAUUUCAUCAUCAUCAAGUUUUCCUAGGAUGGAAGCCAUUUUUAUGAAGUUUAAGCAGUCUUGAACCAUCCAUUUUAAAUUUCACAGCAGGCUAUAUAAUACCUCUCAGUGUUCGUUGUUCAGUUUAGUUCUGUUCUUUGCAGGAUGCUGACUAAGGCUAAAAUAAAAUUGAUGAAAUCAGGGACCAAUGAAAGUUCAAAUCCAGUUAUUUUUUUAUUUUUUUUGCCAAGAUCUGGAGGUAAAUAUAAUUUUGGGGGUAGAAUUUACAAGAAGGUGAGGUAAACAACUGCCAGUGCUGUUCCUAUUGAUAUUCCCUUAGAAAAAUGGAAAAAAAAUACUAUUUGUAAAAAUCAAGGCAUACUGUGAGAUUUAAUUUAAAAGCUUACAGUAAGCAAAGGUAACCAGAAAUUCACUGUGAUUAUGCAUAUACCAAACGGAAGUUCAAUCUACCUCUAGUGAACUGUGCAUAUAGAACGUAACUGUUUUUGGAGACAAUACAAAAUGUGAUGCGUGCAAAAUCUAUCUCCAUCAUCAUGGUGCAGAUGCACAUUAAAUAUACACUUAAUUAACUCUGAGGCUUAAAUACCUAUCCCAAGGUCAGCAGUUUUAUUUUGAUGAGAAAUCCAGCACCAAGAAUCCAUUUUUAAUUGUAACAGUCUCAAGUUAAUUUCUUGGAAGUAUUUAUUUCAAUUCUAUAGCAUGUUAGUCAUCUGUUCCAGUAUUACAAUGGCUUAAGGAAAUCUUCAGAUAAAUUGUACCAGCACAAAUAAUUUCUCUUUUGUAAUACACAAAAAUAUCCCUGUAGUUGCCUACAACUGUAUAUCCUCUCUCACUGUACUGUAAUUUUAAAUGCCUGUUUUUCAAGACAGUGUAUAGGUUUUCAAAUAGCUUCUUAAAGUACUGUAUAUUGGAGACCAUUUUAAUUAGAAAUGGUGUGUAAUUUCUAUCAUAAUGCAUUUUU